AUGAAGACACAAGUGGUCAUGGCAGCCACCAGCCUGGCAACUUCUGCCGCUGCCGCCCAACAGAAUGUCCUGCCCCUGCCUCCCAUGGGCUUCAACAACUGGGCCCGGUUCAUGACCAACAUCAACGAGAGCAUCUUUGUCGAUGCCGCCGAGGCCAUGUCCAAGAAUGGACUUCUCAAGGCUGGAUACGACCGUCUCAACCUCGACGAUGCUUGGUCCACCAUGGAGCGAGCCAAGAAUGGCUCCAUGGUUUGGGACACGGCCAAAUUCCCCAAAGGUCUCCCAUGGCUUACACAGUUCAUGAAGUCCAAAGGCUUUAUCCCCGGAAUCUACACCGAUGCCGGCAACCUGUCCUGCGGCGGCUAUCCCGGUGCUCUCGACCACGAGGCCAUUGACUUGAAGGACUUCCAGGACUGGGGCUUCGAAUACCUCAAGAUGGACGGAUGCAACCUGCCCGACGACAGCGAGGCUACCUACCGCGAGGUGUAUAGCCGAUGGCCCAAGGUCAUUUCGGAGGCAAGCAGACCGAUGGUCUUCUCUGACUCUGCGCCCGCAUACUUCUCCAACCAGAAGAACCUGACCGACUGGUACAGCGUCAUGGUAUGGGCUGCCGAAUAUGGCCAGCUCGCUCGUCAUUCCGCAGAUGUUGCGACGUAUCCCAAGGGCAACGGCUGGAGAAGCAUCAUGUUCAACUAUGGCCAAAACGUGCGUCUUGCCCGUUUCCAGAAGCCCGGUUUCUUCAACGAUCCUGACUUCCUUAUCCCCGACCACCCUUCUUUCACCAUGGACGAGAAGAAGACUCAAUUUGCAUUGUGGUGCAGCUUGUCUGCUCCUCUCCUCCUCAGUGCCGACAUUCCCAGUCUUUCCAAGGACAUCAUCGACUUUUUGACCAACAAGGACCUCAUCGCCGUCAACCAAGACAAGCUCAUCGAGCAGUCUACUCUUGUCAGCCAAGACGGCACCUGGGACGUCCUCACCAAGAACCUCGAAAACGGCGACCGCCUCCUCACCAUCCUCAACCGAGGUGCCUCUGCCGCUGACCUCAAGGUAUCAUGGGAGCGCAUCGGCUUCUCUACCAAGGCACUGGGCAACAGCAACAUUCAGAUCAAGGAUCUUUGGACGGGCAAGACCUCCAAAGUGGCUGCAUCCGCCGGCGGCAUCACUGCCUCCAAGGUUCCCUCCCACGGCACCGCCGUAUUCCGCAUCUCCAAGACUGCCAGCCCCGUCACCGCCACUGGCAUGAUCUUCAACACCAACACCCUGAAGUGUCUGACCGACGACAAGUCCGGCAAAGUGACCUGGGCUGCGUGCAACGCUGCCGACGCUCAGGUCUGGGCUGUCCGUGCCGACGGCCACAUCAACAGUUUGCUUCGCCCGGAUGAGUGUAUCGUCGAUGCCAAGGGCAAGAUUCUGUCCCGCCACUCGGGCUGCCGCUCUGAUUCUUGGACCUACAAGAUUUCUGGAAAUGUUAUCAACAACGUUUCUGGCAAGUGUUUGACUGAGGGCACUGAUGGUAGUGCUACUGCUGAGAGCUGUGGCUACCUUCUCAAUGAGCAGGUUGUUGCUCUGCCUGUUGGUGUCAAGGUUGUUGAAAAAUAA